GAAGCAAUCAGUGUAAGCAACAGAGCGGAGCUGUUUUGGUGUUAGAGUGGCAAGAGGCAGCUUCCGUAGAACACUUCUCUCAUAACUCCAGCUUAUAUUUGAUUCCAGGCCCGUUCUCACAGCUUGGUUGCUCGUUACUAACGGCUAGCGCUGUUUCCUGCCGUUUGUGCCCAGUGUUCGGCGCUGUCCCUCGGCUAUUUUCCCUAGCAGCAGGGAUGGUAUUGUCAACAUCUCAACAAGUCGCCCUGGCGUUCACGGCGGUGCUCUUCACGUUUGUCGUCCUGCCGAGGUUGUUCGGGGUCGGUGGGGGGACAGCGGCAAAGGAAACCAAAUCUGACCAUCGCUACAACAGAAAAGGUCCAGGCCCCGGAGCAUCCAGGGGCCAGCCCAUCAAUGUGAGCCCCCCCGGCUCCCAUCAGAGCGCCGACAACAUCCAGCAGAUGAAGAAGCGCCUGGAGCAGGAGAUGAAGAGCGACAAGUACAAGUCCAACAACAACAAAGGCUACGUGUUCACCCUGAUGCCGCUCUACGCCAUCGGAGUGGGCGUGUUUGCGGCGUACAAGUUUCUGAAGAUCAAGUCUUCAGAUAACAAAACACAAAAGGAUAAGUUCACUCAGGGGGCCAAAAAGUCAGCGGAGGCAGAGAACCAGUUAAAUGAGCUGGAACAAAGGCUGGCGCAGACGGAGAGGAUGCUCAACUCCAUCCUCACCCAGCUGGACCCGCUCACUAACUGCGUGAAAUCUGUUGCCCAGGAGCAGAAGAACGAGAUCAUGUCUCAGCUGCAGACCAUCCGCUACCUGAUGAAGAAGAGAGGAAUGGACUGUCCGCCGCUGAGCGCCAACGACGUUUCCCGCGGCCGGAACCUGGACGAGCUGAUCGAGUCGAUCGGAGCCGGCAAGACCCCCAUGACGACGGCGGACGCUCAGCCCUCCCCCGACUCCCUGGAGGCUCCAGAGGAAGCUGCUGACGGCAGCGACGAGGCGGCGGCGCAGGGCGAGGAGACGAUGGAGCUCCGGCCGGAAGAGUCUGCUGAAGAAGAAGAAGAAGAAGAAGAAGAGGAGGAGGAAGAACCAGAGGCGUGUGAUAAAGGGGAAGACGAGGUGGAAAACUCUGAGUGUUCUUCAUCAUGUGAGACAAACAUUGAGGCUGCCGGUUCAGAGCAGCCUGGAACCGGCCUCAGGAGGCGCAACAGGCCUGAAUAAACUCUCCACCAGGAGGUUGAUGUGACAGUU